AUGGUUUCAACGAAAAAGGUAGUCGUACUUUUGCUAUCACUGGCUCACUACAUCGACGGAUUUUCAUGGCGCAAUACCCCCAAAAUAGAAGCAGCCGCAGCGGUGCUCACCAGCUCAGCUACCGAGGAGAUUCUGUUACAGCAACUCUCGAACUCCGGAUGGAGGUCACCUAGCUCCUACGAGAUAACCCUAAAAGAAUUAAGAGAACUCGAAUCUGAACCUUUAUGUCAUAGGACGGCCGCACGCCUAUUGGUGAAUAACUGCGAAGUCCUCGAGGGCAAGAACGAAGCAUCAGUUCUUACGGAAAGUGGUCGUAAAAUCAGGGAUUUUGUAGACUCAUAUGCUGCUAGUCUGGCAAUAUGUGACUUAGAGAGAGGGAACUUCCAGAUCCCGAGAGAAUGCGCCAAAUUUCGAGAGCCAGUUUUGAGUCAGCUACCACGCCAGGACUUAGGUCACUUACACGUCUCGUCCGUAGAAGUCGACAGCUGCCUCUCCGGCUUAGGCGAAUCCGACUCAGCCUAG